GAAGCGGAUGGCUGAGACGAUGGCAGAGAGCUACAACCGUGAGAGCGAGCCUACGACUCGCACGCUGUUGCGGCGCGUGCUGGACACUGCGGAUACGCGCACCCCGCGGCGACGCCGAAGUGCUAGAGUUAGUGCCCAGAAAGCCCUACUUGAAACACCUUCCUCCAGGAGGCUGAGCAGCCCAACAAAGAUGAAUGUGAGGCGGCGUUCCCAUAGAGCCAGGUCUAUUGGCAGAUUGGCCCAUGUUCAUACCAGUGGGAACCUGGAGGAACAGACACCCCGGACUCUGCUGAAGAACAUCCUUCUAACUGCCCCAGAAUCUUCCAUCAUGAUGCCAGAGUCUGUGGUGAAGCCAGUGCCAACACCGCAAGUGGUCCAGUCCUCUAGACGGGAAAGCAGUCGGGGCAGCCUGGAGCUGCAACUUCCUGAGCUUGAGCCCCCCACAACCCUGGCUCUAGGUCUUCUGGCUCCUGGCAGGAGGAAGCAGAGGCUAAGAUUGUCAGUGUUUCAGCAAGGAAUGGACCAGGGACUGCCUCUCUCCCAAGAGCCUCGUGGGAAUGCCAGUGCCUCCUCCCUCACCAGCUCCCUCAAUUUGACCUUUGCCACACCUCUCCAGCCCCAAUCAGUGCAGAGGCCUGGUUUGGCUCGCAGACCUCCUACCCGCCGAGCUGUAGAUGUGGGUGCAUUUUUGCAGGAUCUGCGAGAUACUUCUUUGGCCUUGGCUUCUCCAGGUGAUAGCCUCAGAACCCCUGUUGCCACCCUACAAAUGGAUACCGUGUUGGAGGACACUCAGCCCUUCUCCCAGCCCUUGGUUGGCCGUUCCCCCAGUGUGUACCACUCCCUGCCCUGCACUGAAGCUGAAGAUGCUGAGAGGGCUGUCAGUCACAGGACACAGAGCAGUGGGCCUAGGCUGCAGAACCACAAUCCUAGAAAACCAGCCCAACUUCUAGCAGCAAAGGCAAAGAAGGUUGAUGCCCUUGCUGUGAGCUUCCCAAACAACAGCAGUGCUAUUUCUGGAGAAGAUGGAGUAGAGCCCUUACAGGAUGGAGUUGGUGAGGAGGCAGAGGAAAGGAUGGAGGAAGGUCUGAGUGUGAGCAAAGUGAUGGACACAACAGGAACACAAGGAUCUGUCAGGACAGAAAAGUCUAAGGGAUACAGAGAAAUGACAGAAGCUGUUGAGGCCAAGGAGCCAGAAGGAUCUUCAGGAGAUGAGGACAUCUCUGGUAGGACAGCAAGUACGGAGUUGGCCUCCAGCACCACUGAGUUUCUUCAGGCCAGGCGACCUCAGUUUCUUGAGCCAGCCCCACCGCCUAGCACUGCAGUCUUAUCUUCAGAGCCUCUGGAGCCUCUAUCGACCAGGCUUCCUCCCAGGGCCCGAACCCCUGGCCCCAGGCCCCGUCAAGAUCCCCACAAGACUGGAUUGAGCCACUAUGUGAAACUCUUUAGCUUCUAUUCCAAGAUGCCCAUGGAGAAAGCAGCUCUUGAGAUGGUGGAGAAGUGCCUGGACAAGUAUUUCCAGCAUCUUUGUGACGACCUGGAGGUAUUUGCUGCUCAUGCCGGCCGCAAGACUGUGAGGCCGGAGGACCUGGAACUACUGAUGCGAAGGCAGGGCCUGGUCAACGACCAAGUCUCACUGCAUGUGCUUGUGGAGCGGCACCUGCCCCUGGAGUACCGGCAGCUGCUCAUCCCUUGUGCAUUCAGUGGCAACUCUGUCUUCCCUGCCCAGUAGUGGCCAGGCCUCAACACCUGCCCAGUCCCCACCUCGGGGACUGCCGCACAUAUUCUUCCAGGUCUCCUCCCCACCUCCCCAGCAUCAAUAAAGUGUCAC